AUGAACAGCUUGGCGAGUGAGGGCAGCAGUGGCAAUCCGGGAUGGCCAUCGAACAUCUCCGUGGCGGUGAGUAUCUCUGGCACCAUGUGGCCAUUCCUGGUGGGUGAUCCGUCGAACCCCGUGCGGAACAUCACACCUUGGUUCAAUGUGCACGGCACCGACGACAGCAUCGUGUUUCCCUUUCUUCCUGUCAUGACUCACACCUACCUUCUGGCACGUGGGAUGCCAGCUACACGGAACCGCAUAGUCUGGGUGAAGGGUGCUGGCCAUGUGCCUUGGGGCACCAGCUCUCCCCUUGAUGUGAGUUCAUCUUUGCGACCUUUGAUCUUCGACUAUUUGUCCAAUGUGAUGGACUUGAGCCCUCUUUGUGCAACAAACAAAGGAUGA